AUGCCUGGUGUGCCCUCGGGAAGAGGAUGUGACAACUGUCGCAAGUCAAAGAAGAAGUGCGACGAGGUAAAGCCAAUAUGCACACGAUGCGCCCGCCGAGGACUCGAAUGUAUCGGAGCGGGGGAGAAGCGAUACAAGUUUAUGGAAGACGGACCCACGGCUCUUGCUCGGAAGAGAUCGCCGAACCGCAACAGCAAACCAGCGGCCGAGAACAAGCCCACCCUCCUGGUCAAAACUGCGCCUAGCAAUCAUACAACCCUCCUCGGACAGGCUCUUGCCGACGCGAUCUUGACAAAAGACCUAAGAUACAAUCUGCUAUGGGCGUACGGGGGGUAUUUACUCGCUGUCCCGAGUCGGCUUGGGGUCAACGAGGCGCUGGAUACCGCGGUCGAUGCUCUGGUUACUGCGCACAGGACGUUUUCAUCGCGCAAAGAGAUUACCGUCACCUCUCUUACGAAAUAUUCCCGUGCUUUGACUGCGCUGCGGAGUUGCCUUGACAAUCCGAAGACAGCGAGCUCGUCGGAGACGCUCUGUGCUGUGUCGCUGCUACUGCAUAUACACGGAUACCAAGAUAUGCAAUGGACAGGACACGCUGAGGGGGCUGCAAAGGUUUUGAAGGCGCGGAAGAGCUGCAAACCGAGGGAUAAUUUCGAGCGUAUACUGCUACUAUCCCUACGCGGUCCGCUUUUUGAAGGCAUCUUCAAUCCCAACAUCCAGUUCUCAGCAGAAGAAUGGAAGGAGCUAGUGGAAAAUGAGCUCGAUACAGGCACGCCCGAAGGUACAAUGCUUGCCCAUCUCGCUCGCAUUCCGGAUAUCCUGGACCGAGUAAGGACAAAUACGAACGGGUACGUCGGGCUGUUAGAGCUUCAGACCGAAUUGAAGGAGUUGUAUACGAAAACACGAGCCAUCUGCAACGACUUUGCCACCGAACUGGCCGCGAUCGAGGCGAAUAAAAGUACCAACCCAUCGAAGCUCCCUCCAACGAUUCUUCACGCACACGUCCAACGAAUGUACGGCUUGUGCAUUGCCAUUACAUUAUACAUGAACUAUGUCCUUGUUGCUAUACGCACGGUAGACCACUCUCUGGCUACGGACGCCACCUUUCUCGCCUUUGAGAUGCUCAACAUUGCGGAAAAGGCAGCGAAAUACCGCCCGUUUGGCGCCGCAUACGUUACCAUUGGACUCCUCGCAGCAUUGAUGACGGUCAAUAAUGAGGCUUUGAAGACACUUCUCAAGGCCUCAAUUAUCGACUACCAACACGACUUUAGGCAGCCGCAUCUGGAUAGACUCACGAUGGAAGACAAAUUUCAGUGGCUAGAUCCCUUCCGAACUCUCGAUGUGCUAGCGAGCUAUGGCAUUACGGACGACUGUUUGGAGACGGAGCAGAACGCAAUGUAUACUGCGUUGACGCCUAAGUUGGAUUAUGGAGUUGAUUCGGCGUCUGACUUUCCUCCCGAAUUCACUCCCGAGUUUACGCCCAGUCUCGCACCCGAUUUCGCUGCGGAGUUUCCUCCUGUAUUAACGCCGGACUCAACUUCGGAGAUCCUUUCCGAUACGAAUUUCGAGCUUCCUGCUGACCUGACCUUGGAACUCACUUCUGAAAUGAGUAUUAAGUUAAGGGUAUAG